GGAUCAUAAAGAAUUUCUAAUAAAUAUUUAACUUUCAUAGAAGCAUUCCAAAGCAAUUUCCGAAGUAAUUUGUGACACAGAUAUCAUGCAUUUUUGCGCAUGCUCCUGAAUCGAUAUACUAUCAAAUUAUACUAUUCGUGUUUAAAAAUUCAUAAACAGCAUAUAUAUAUAUAUUUAUACAAUCGCUUAAAGAGACGUCAUAAGGACUUUUCGUAAAGUAAUGAGAACUAAUUCUUGAAACUUAAAUAACUUUGACACAAGACUCUACAAGACUUUGAUUAGAUUGAACUAGUGUAAAUAUAAAAAUUGUCCAAUCAAAAUUCAAUAAAGGAAGAAUAAUGAUAUACUGAUUAAGAAAAGAGAAAACGAAGAAUCUAUUGUAAUAAAUAGCAAAUUAUUUUGGCGCACAACGUACGAUAAUCAAUCUUGAUUAAUUUUAACAAUCGUAACUGAUUUAAUGUACUGUUAUAAAGAUUUUAUCUUAAUUUAUGAUUGCAUGCUGUCAUGAUCUUAUCAGAAACGGUAGAUAACAUCCAAAUGAUAUUCUUUUAAGUGGAAGAAUAUAGACCAAAUGCAUUCAUAUAUUAUUUCAAUACGCAUGUGACAGACGAUAUGUGUAUUUUAUUUAUUUAUCGAAAUCCUAAUGCCGACGCUAAAUCUUAUCGGCUAAUCCUCGCUGGAAAUCGAGAUGAAAUUUUUAAACGCCCAGCAUUACCUGCACAUUAUUGGAAGGAAUAUCCUACAUGUUUAGGAGGUAUUGAUAUGGAACCUGGCAAAGAAGGUGGUACUUGGUUAGCGUUAUCAAAAAAAGGAAAAGCUGGUAUCAUUUUAAAUCUAAGUAAUGAACCAGGUAAAAGUAAAACUCCAAAAAAGGGCCGUGGAACUUUAGUAAAUGAUUACAUUACUUCAAAUGAUUCUGCAGAAUCUUAUCUAAAAAAAUUGCACAGUGAAAAUCAAAUUACUCAAGGCUAUAAUCCAUAUAAUUUAAUUCUUAUAAAUUUGUAUACUGCCGAUGUGUAUUACUUAAGCAGUUCUUUAAAUUCUUCAGGACCAAAAAUAUGUCAAGACAAUAUAUUAGGUUUUGGUAAUAGUACAAUAGAAUGCCCUUAUAAAAAGGUGGAAGCAGGAAAAGAAAGUUUUUCAAGCAUUGUUCAUAAUAUUAAAACUUCAGAGCAAGAUGAACUUAUCGAAAACCUUUUGCAACUUUUAAAGUCACGAGAAAGACAUUUACCAGAUCUUGAAUUACAAAAAAGAUCGCCAAAUAUGUAUGUUGAACUCAGUUCCAUUUUUGUUUCUGUUGCUGAUUAUGGUACAAGAACCCAUACUAUAUUAAUGGUUAAUGGUUUAAAUCAAAUGACCUUUGUAGAAGAAACUCUUAUGCCGGAUUUUUCAUGGAAGCGGCAAUCAUUUAACAGUACUUUAAUUACUAAUUAGAGGAAUUCACUUUAAUAAUCAGUCACAUUUUUAUAAAAUGUGACAUUUAUAACUCUUCAUCUGAGAAAUAAAUACAUUGAUUAAUAAAUGAAAUGAUUAAUCAGUCUUUAGUAUGUUUACAUGUAAAUGCAAUAAUUUAUUUGCUUUCGAUUUUUUACAUUGUAUAUUAGUAAAAUACCUACCAUCUUCCAUAUUUUCCAUAGACUUCUCCUCCUCAUUUGAAUCACUAUCUAAUAUCUCUGAUGAUAUAUUUGAUGCUUCAUGUGUAAUUGUAUCAAUACUUGGUAAUGAGGUUUCUUCAGAUGAUGUCUAAAAAUAAAAUAUAUUAGUUUCUGUUUUAUAUUUUUAUAUCUCGAAAUAUUGAGCUGUUCAUAUGUGCAACUAUUUGCAUAUAAUUUGUAUAUAAUUAUUAAGAAACCUGUGAAAGUAUUUCUUGACCCUCUAAAUUUUUGUUUAAAAGAUUUCCCAUCCAAAAUGCAGUAGAACUGUUGUUGAGUACAAGCAUUCCUUUCACGCUAUAGACUAAUCUUUCAAGUACAGAUUUAGCUGCAGGUAUAUGUUUUGUUAAUAUCAUGUCUUUUUUCUCCAUACCAUCGCAACAUACCGCAUGUAAAUAUCUUGUACCGACUAUAAUGUAGUAGAAUAUAUUAAAGUAGACAUUUGAACGUUUAUAUUUUUCUUGUAACUUAUUGUAGUACACUUUUACUUUUAUUUAUGUUACAAUAAAUAAAAAUUAUGCAUUAUA